GCGCUCGUCAUAGUCUUUCCAUGUGUUCUGUCUCUAUAUAAUCCCUCUCUUCUCACACACUCUCUCUCUAGCUUCGAAUUUUAACUCUCUUCAACCCCCCCCCCCGAGAGAAGAAGAAGAAAAAUGAAGCAUCUGAUUCGCCGCCUCUCUCGCGUCGCCGACUCAUCCACCGAGUUCUCCCUCCGCAGAUCCACCUUCUCCUUCCGCACCCGCCGCGGCCAUCACCGUCUCCACGCGCAACCGCCGUGGUCGAUUUGUCAGGCGAGACGAGUCAACACCGUCCCCGCCGGCCACGUACCCGUCUACGUCGGCGAAGAGAUGGAGAGGUUUGUCGUGAGCGCGGAGCUCCUGAACCAUCCAGUCUUCGUCGGACUGCUCAACAGAUCCGCUCAGGAGUACGGUUACGCUCAGAAGGGAGUCCUCCACAUCCCCUGCCACGUCAUCGUGUUCGAGCGCGUGGUGGAAACGCUCCGGUUAGGAUUCAACGAAUCCGGCGAGGUGCAGGAGCUCGUGGCGUCGUUGCUCUCCGGAGAUGAGGUGAUACCUGGAACUACAGAGUAGCUCUGAAAGCAUCCAAACUGCUGAUGAUGUUUUCUCAGCUGUUAAAAAAAAAACAAUUACAUCUUCAUUUCCACGGUUUUGUAAAUAUAAUUCAAGUUUUUAUCUGUCUUUAGUUGUGAUCGAAAAGCAUAACUUUCGUUUAGACCAAA